ACUAUUUGCCCCGGCUCCUCCCUCGUCGCUUGGUUACGGCGUCGCUUCCGUCCCUGGGGACCGACCGACAUGGCGGCGGCCACCACAGCCUUCUCCUUUUCCUUCGCCUCCUCCUCCUCCUCGGCGUUGCUGCGCCCGGGCUUGGCGCCGCUGAGGCGUUGGCGAGCCCCACCGGCCCGGCGCCGCGGGCCGCCUGCAGCGCCAGCAGCUCCCCCUGCAGUGCCGAACAGUGAUGAAGCAACAGUUAUCUCAGGGACAAAGCUUGCCAACCAAGUGUUGCAAGAAGUUCAAAGGGAUGUAGAAUCGUGGAUAUCCGUUGGCAACAAGAGACCUCAUCUCACUGUCGUAUUGGUAGGAGACAAUCCAGCCAGUCAUAUCUAUGUCAGGAACAAGAUAAAAGCAGCUGCAGCUGUGGGCAUUUCUAGUGAGAUCAUUGUGAGGCCUAAAGACAUUUCUGAGGAAGAGCUCUUAGAUCUGACAGUGCAACUCAACAAGGAUUCGAGAAUCAGUGGUUUGUUAGUUCAGCUUCCUCUGCCAGAUCACAUAGAUGAACGGAGAGUUUGCAACGCCAUCGCCCCGGAGAAGGAUGUGGAUGGAUUCCAUAUCAUGAAUAUUGGACGUCUGUGUCUCGAUCAGCCUUCCAUAAUUCCUGCCACUGCUGCUGCCGUGUGGGAAAUCAUAAAACGGACAGGAAUACCCACAUUUGGAAAAAACGUUGUUGUAGCUGGAAGAUCUAAGAAUGUUGGAAUGCCUAUCUCAAUGCUGUUACAUACUGAUGGAGAGCACGAAAGGCCUGGAGGUGAUGCCACAGUGACCAUUACUCACAGAUACACCCCAAAAGAGCAGCUCAAGAUCCAUACGCAGCUCGCUGACAUAGUAAUAGUAGCUGCAGGUGUCCCAAAGCUGAUUACUACUGAUAUGGUCAAAGAAGGUGCAGCUGUGAUUGAUGUAGGCAUCAACCAUAUCCAUGAUCCUCUUACAGGAAAAACCAAAUUAGUUGGGGAUGUGGACUUUGAAGAAGUGAAGAAGAAGGCUGGCUUUAUCACUCCGGUGCCAGGAGGGGUAGGACCUAUGACUGUUGCAAUGCUUCUGAAGAACACACUCCUAGUUGCUAAAAAGCUCAUUUACUAGAGGAAAUGGUCUACCUUGGAAGAAGAAUCUGGGUUGUUCUAUUUAUUGAUACACAAAAUGUCUAUUUUUUACUACAAAUAUAUUUAUUUCUGCAUUGUAUUUAUUUUUUCAUGUCAAGUAUGCUAAACCUGAUGGUUUACAAAAUGUUGAAAUACUAUGUGUUACCUCCUCCUAGCAUAUUGUAAGCAAAAAUGAGUUUGAGAAUGCAGCCUACACAGUUAUGUUUUAUGUGUUUGAGAAUGAAGAAUGAAGCAUGAAUUACAACUGUACACAUGCACCCGUGCAGUUACCAAGGGCUUGUAAGCACUUGGGACCCUCAGGUUUGAUCAAAUAGUAUGAAAACUGAGUUUCAACAUGGGAGAUAUGUUUGAAAUAUAUGAUUCGAGUUGUGAGGUCACAAAACACUCUGGAUGUAGUUCGAAGUCUUGAAAUAUUUUUUUGUUUUAAACACUUAGAGCUAGCAGCAGAAAUCUCAGUUGCAAAAGGAGUGAGAGACUGCAGUGUUUGUGUCAGCUGCCAGGCAGUAAUGUUGACAUGAAUGCAAAUGUUCAGUAAAUGUUUUAAAAUAGCCAAGUAAACUUGAAUGCCGGUGAAAUUCUGAUUUUAAACAUCUGCAAGAGGUAAGCAUGAAUAAGUAGGUAGAAUGGAGGCCUGAGUUAUUUUAUUUUCAUAUCUGGACAAAAUGUUUUGGGGCUUAAUCUCCUCAUCUCACAAAAAAACCUCCCAAACUGAACAGUUGACUGGGCUGGAUUUGACUUAAAUUAGAUGAAAUGUAGUUGACGUUACAAUGUAUGUACAGUAUAGUGGGGCAGUGGGUGAAGAGGAAGAGCAAACCAAAACUUCAUCCAUGACAGAAUAUUUGUGUUGGAAUUUAAAGCCAUUUAAUUAUAUUCUCUUAUUUUCUGGAGCUGCAUGACAAGGCUUUUUUUUUUUCAUUCCAUGUUGUAAGGCUCGGCUUCAAUGGCCACAAUGUUUUGCUGCUUAAAGAGGACUAUAUGGGAUAAGAUCAGUAUGUUUCUAUUCCCAAAACUUUAGUUGCUGGAUGGAUCUAGCAUAGUCUCAUGCAGUGUACAAGUUGGAGUGGAGUUAAUGCUGAGAUGCCUGUUCAACUGAGCGUGUGCACUGUUGGCAUUCCCACUGAAGGCAGUGGGAGCCAGUUGGGACUUUUUAUCUUCAUGUUUUUGUCUCAGUUGGGAUAACUUUGAUUUAUUUUCAUCAAGAGCCUUUGACGUUUGCUGGAGGUCUAUAGAUAACUUGAAAGAGGAAAGAAAAAAUUGUGGCUAAAUACUAUUGCAUUAAACAGAAAAAUGCACUUACUGUAAUAAAAGAGCCAAGGUGGAGCAUCCCUUCCAUGCUGACUGUUCUUGUGAUGGGCUUUCUGAGAGUUUGCCUUAAUGCAGUGUUUGCAAAAGUUUGACAGAAUUAUUACUAAAUAUACAAUGGCAAUAGUGCAGACACUUGUCUAUUUAAAUUUAAGUGGUAAUAUAAAUGUUAGGAGAGUCAAGGCGUCUAUAGAGACUAUGCUUGGACUGAUCAACCCAUGACUGGAAGAUGGAAUAAAACUUGUUCACUGUUUCCUUA